AUGCUUAUCAACUACCUACCAUCCUCAAACUCCGGUCGCAGUGGACACCAUGAAGGUGAGCUUAGGGUAUUUCCUGUUAAGAGCGGUCACUCUACUGGAACUGCUCAGGUAAAAGUCGAAGAAGUGAAGAUUUCAUCUGGAUUAACAUCGAAAGACGAUAUGGAUACUAUCAGCAGAGAGGGCUUGCAGGCGCAUAACCCAUGGGCAAAUGCGUCACCCAACAAUCGUUAA